AUGAAAAUCAUUUUAUUAGUUCUAGUGAUUUAAGUAUUCAGCCAAAGUUGUUUAAGUUCAACAGGAUCUUAAGUUGAUUGGUGGUUGAUAUUUAAAUUGCCUGCUGAUUCUACCAUACCAUAUAGUGGAUUUGAAUAUUAUUAUUGUGAUUCACAAAAUGAUUGUUCUGUCAUGAACCUAAUGGGUGAUGAUUUAAGAGACCGUACAUCACCAUUAUAAAGAACUGUGGGUUAAAUCUCCUUUAUAUCAAGUACAACUAUGAAUGUAGUAUGGAAUGAUUAACCAUAUGGAAAAUCAACUAUUUCUGACAGAGCUCAUUCCAAAGGCAUAUUAUCUGCAUCUUCUAAUGGAUAAGGAUUUAUAAUUAAUCAUUCAACACCAUAAUUUCCUGUAUUUGAUGAAACUUAAAGGUAAAAUUUAAUAGUAUAAAUUUAGUAAUAUAAUAUCUGGAAUGCCAAGUAGUGCUAGUGUAAAUGGCUAACAUUAUUUUUGUGUGACUAUGCCAACCUCAUAAAUUAAUGUUGUAGCAUAAUAAUAUAUUAUUGCUUAAACAUUAACUCAAAAGGCUAAUGAAAUUAGUACAUUUGAAUCAACCUAUCCUAAUAUUUUUGCUUUAAGAAAUAAUUCAAGGAAGAUACCAGCUUAAAGUGGAACUACUUAAGUUAAGAGUAAGAAUGGAUUGAAUAUCCAUGUUAUUUCAAAGAACUAAAAUUUAGUGGAUGACUUUUAUGCUACCAUAGUGGCACCACAUUUAAAGAUUGGUUUGGUUAUGGAAACAUGGGGAAAUGGAACAGGAGGAUUAUAGGAACCUUCUUGCUCAUAAACUUAUCAAACUUAUAGCAAUAUUUAUAGAAAUCAUAAUGUAGAAUUAUAAUACUAUUUAUAGGGUUAUAAAUUUAAAUAUACAAAAGAUCAUUCUAAAUUUGGAAUUUCGGUAUAAAGUAUAAUGCCAUAUGUUUGUAUGUCAGAUUUAAAUAGAAUGACAACUUAAAAUAAAAGAGGAGGAACUACUUUUUGUUUUUUACAUUCUAAGAUUUGGAAUGUAAUAAAUAAGGCAUUUAUUGAAAGAUAAACAUGCUGA